CGGGCGCUGUGCCGCCGGGUGGGCCCGGCCAUGGAGCGGCCGUCUCCGUCUUCGUACUCUGCGGCAGUGCCUCCCCGAGCUGCCUGUGUCUACACCAGCUGCUAUUGCGAAGAGAACGUGUGGAAGCUCUGCGAGUACAUCAGGAGCCAGGAUCGCUACCCUCUGGAAGAGUUCUAUGCUGUUUUCAUAUCCAACGAUAGGAGGAUGAUUCCACUCUGGAAACAGAAAUCAGGGCAUGGAGAUGAACCUGUUGUCUGGGACUACCAUGUUAUCCUACUUCACGUUCCAGGUCGAGAGCAGAACUUCGUUUAUGACCUUGACACUGUGUUGCCAUUUCCGUGUCCUUUUGAGAUGUACAGCGUGGAGGCCUUUAGGCCUGAUGACAGGCUUCAUCCAGAAUUUCACAGGAAGAUCAGAAUGGUUCGAGCAGAUUUCUACUUGGAGACAUUUGCUUCAGACAGAUCUCAUAUGAAGGAUGCAAAUGGGAAAUGGCAGAAACCUCCUCCUUCAUACCCUUGCAUUGAACCUGCUGGUAAGAUGACAGAGUUCAUAGAAUCAUAGAAUCACCAAGGUUGG